ACUGUAACCCGUGUCGUUCAACUCUUAAAGCAAAGCGGACAAGCAGCUAAGGAUUUUCUUUCCUCGGUAUUAAGCUGAAAUUUGGGGAAGAGACAAAGAGGGAGACAUAUUCAUCACUCGUUGCCACCAUUUUAUCUUGUGUUGCAGUGAUUUCUACUCAACUUCUUCAUCAACAAAAUUGAAAGUAGUGUUAAUGAGGAUCUAGCCAAUGCAAAUCUCCCUCAACUUCAUAGACGGAGAAAUUUCAAGCAAAGACUGAUAAGGUUAAUUUGUUGAGGUGGGCUCAGAACCUGAUCCCUAAUGGCUUCUGGUACGGAGGAUCAGAAAGACCAACUGGCUGAGUCCCUUGACGACCUUUUUACCAGUGUCUCGACCAUGAUCAAAGGCGAGCUUCAGGGAACAAACAAUAUACUUGAGCUCUUGGAGAAAAUGAAUGUAAGAGUAGCUGAAGAAUACAAAGGCUUUGGUGAUGUGGCAUCGGGAUUAAGAGUAUUUGUGGAGCAAUUGAAAUCCAAAAGCAAUAGCUUUGACGAGUAUGUUCAGCAGAUUGAUGCUAUAGAGAGGCAAGUUACAGAAUUUGAAGCUGUGAUUUCAAUGCUUGAUAAACAUGUUUCAUUACUAGAAUCAAAAAUGCAAUCUGUUUACCAGAUUCCACCAUCAUAAAACAGUUAUAUUCGUUCUUUAGUGAAAUUGAUUUCAUUUUGAUCUUAAUACAUUCAUGUCAAUGAUUAAUACAUCUUGCUUUACAUA